UUCCAGCCAGGUUCAAAGGGCGAAAUCCACCCCAAAUUACACCUCUGGACUCGCAUAAUUACUUAAUACGCACAUAAUUACAUAAUACACUCACAUAAUUACUUCUCUAUUAUUCCUACAGGAUGUCUUCCAUAAUGUGGAACCUCAACCCCCAUGUUCACGUUUUGAGGCUCACAUGAGGGCGUGUCCCGGCCUGAUCAGACCGCCGUACCUCCCACGCACACACCGUCUACCAAGACCUCCGAUGAAGAUCCUCCGUGCGCCAAAACUGCCAAGACAGCAAGAAACUCGGAGAAAGCAGAACUCCCUACAGCACUUCUCUGUGAUGCUUCCCAGUGUACCAGCAUCUCCACAUCCAAGCGUGGCCUCUAGAGACCCCCUGCUCUCUCCAACACCGUCUGUCCACUCGGGGACAAACCCAGACAAGUUCCAGUCUUUCCAUAUUCCCUCUCCAAACUCAGAACACACUACAAUAAAGCAGGAAGAUGUAGUAAGUCAUAGAGAGGUUAGUUUGACUGGGUCCUCCUCCCCACAAAUCGACUAUGAGGACGAUGAAGAGCCUAAAUGUGAAGCAGUGACACCAAUGACAAUGACUCCUGGCACCCCAUCAACCCCUGUGACCCCUCUAACACCAAUGACCCCUAUGACGCCGGAUUCUCUUUCAGACCUGAGUCGUCCAGCGUCCAGUCAGUUUAGCUAUAGCACCAACCUGAACAGCAGUCUAUCCAAUGCACCUUCAGUAAAUCAGACUGAUGACUCUGACGGUGAAGAUGGAGAUGCUGAGGAUGGUGAUGAUAUCAACAAUGAUGACCUUGAGGCCUGUUCCUCAUCCUUGUCUGAUCUUUGCUUCAGCUCUCUUGAUGGAGCAGUCUUGGCCUCUUGCUCCCCCCCAACCUCUAGUCAGUCAUCUUUCUCCAAAAACCUGAGUUCCCUUAGCCAAGAACCUCAGAAUACCAGCCAUCCAGAAACCUUAAAGGAAACUCCAGUUAUUCAGGUUGAAGACCCUCUAGUGAGGGAAACCCCACACCCUAACCAACUUACACAUACAAGUGUUAAUGGAGCUCCAAGCCCUUGCCCUGCAUAUCCGGACUCUCUAUCCAGACUGGCAUCUGCUUCUCAGCUGGAUGUUCGUUCUGACUGGAAAACCUGCCGCUGGCCUAUACUUCCUGCAAUCACGCCUCAGAGAGGUAGCCAAGGGUCAAGAGCAUCUCUCAGUUCCCCAAUAAGCUGUUCUCAGUCGGACAUGUUUGCUGAGCUGGAGGCUACAGCACCUCGGAGUGUGUCCUGUCAAUCCUUGGAUCAUGCUGACUGUAGUGACGUGGAAAUCACCUCACCUACCACAGAUCUGAGUCCCGGUCUGGCCGCUCUGACGGUCGGCUGUGACUCUGGUGACCUGGGUUCUCUAUCCCGAGUGCAGCUCUUGCUCCUGGAAAGAGGAACAUCUGAGGGUCUGGAACCCCUGCCAGAUCUAGAAUGGAACAGUCCGAUAGAGGAGAGAGGAGACUAUGAACCUGGGCUUCAAGUCUGGAGCUUGGGCAUUCCCCAACAUUAUCAGUGCACAGAUCCCUAUGCACAGGUGAGCAGCAGUGUGUCACUAAGUGUGAGGCACUUUCCACUCGGCCAAGUGGACAUCACAAGUGGAACUCCGGGGUUUAGCGAUGCUGAAGACAUCUCGAGAUCUUCCUCCUGGUCUCUCAGUUGUGCGUCGAGAGAAACCACGCCCUGGGAGGAAGAAGUUACGGCGCAAUCAGGAGGAAGUGACGUCAUGAGCGACGCCGAUCUCCACCCGAGCGCACAGCCAACCGAGCCCAGAGUGACUGAAGGAACCUCACAAAAAGCGGCUUGUCCAGGAAAGCGAGAGCGACCUGUUACAGGAGUGCGCAGGGGCCCGAACCAAAUCAAAGACAGGAGGAGGAGGCAUCACAGGAAGAUGCUGGGAGAGAAGGGAGAAGAGCGGAAGAGCAAAGCACUGCAAAUUUACACCAGACUGCGAGACGGAAACAAGCCGACUGAGCCCAGCAAGCCGAAAAGCUGUUCCAGGUUUGAGGACUUUGAUUUCCUGGCCAAGUACUGCAUUAUCAGUCCUGAGAAGCUCGCCGCAUACAGACGUGCUUUUGAAGCUGUGGACAGUGAUGGUGAUGGCUAUCUAUCGUGCUUUCAAGUACUGCUGGCUCUAAAGGAGAUCAUUCCUCCAGAACUGCUGACUGAAGAGGAGGAAAUCUAUGUGUACAGGAUUCUAGAGCUGGUUGAUUUCAGCGUGACCGAGGGUCUGACGGAUUUGCGUCUCUUCGCCGUCGUUGCCAGUCUGGCACAGAAGAUAGCCACACUAGAUGAUUUCAUGCGGUCUCUCAUUAGUAAGAUGGACUUCAAGUCUUUGGAGAUGAAGCUGUACAAAGCAAAGCAGUUGUUCCUGUUCCUGCUGGAGGGCCAGUCUGAGGGCAGCGAGGCACCACAGGGUCGUAUCAGUGCUGAACAACUGCUUGUGGAGCUGAAGGCAGGGGGGAUCCGUGAGGAGCAGGAGGAAGAGGUCAGGCGUGAACUCCGUAGCCUUCGCUCCCUCGACCUGCUUGACUUCCUCGCACACCUGCCCCUCUUCAUCCUCAUCCACAACUCCGUCAUUGCCAACCCGCUGGAUGACUCUAGCAACCUGUGACAGAAACACCAAAGCUGUGUUAUGUUUUAAAGGCAGCAUCCAAAUCGCAUGCAAGCCAUAUUGUCAGGAUGCCCUGUCACAGCUUCUAGUGCACCUUACUCACGAUAUUCGUUUAUUCACUACCGCUUAUCAACUUCGAUCAGCAAUAAAACUGAACAUGAAUACAAUUUUCUGUGUGAAAAAAAAAAAAUGCUUCGUUUAAGAAAUGUCACGGUACACCAAAGGAGCAGGUCGUUUCAUUUUGCCGUUCAUCGAGAUGAACUUUGACCUGCAAAUGAUGUGCCUAAGGUAGGGCUGUGGUCUGUUCAGUCUGUAAAACUCAAAUAAAGGAGUUAUUAGAAGUCAUACUGGACUUUUUGUCUCAUUUUCUUCUUAAUGUCCAUUGGCGCACGUAUGACAAGAACAUGACAUCAGGAUUGCCUAGUGAGUAAUGGCAAGAAACAAAUCCAAUGUGUCUUUGUAAUGAGGAUGACUCAAGGCAUGUUUAAGCAGUUCAUGAACAAUCGUUCGUUGUGAAGUCUUGCGAAUCCCUGUUUUUGCGUACGUUCCAAGCCUUUUUAUUACUGGUUGUGUUUA